AUGCAAUCUUCGUCUGGUCUGAGGAUGCAUGAAGGCUCUGAGACUAUUUCAAAACGGGCUACUAAGAUACCACCCCCCACACCAACGCACACAGAUUCAUAUGUGAAGGACAGUACUCCGGAAGCUGGGACAGGAUCCAAUAAUCAUUACAAAAGCAAAUUGUCUCCAUUUAGAUACACGUUGAGAUCGAAAUGCCUCCCUCUCAUCAGAGCUGAGAAUGAUAUCUUACUAUCUGUACAGACCAACUUGAGGAACCCUUGGCUUGAUUUGUAUUUCGCGUGGACCGCGAAUUUGGCUUCCCAUACGUUUUAUGUGCUAAUGCUUCCAAUUCCUCUUUGGUUCGGAGGUGGCAAGCUUGCGAGAGACUUGGUGCAUGUCUUGGGACUAGGCAUAUUCUUCACAGGUAACUUGAAAGACUACUUGUGCCUUCCAAGACCAAGAUCUCCCCCAUUGCAUAGAAUUACCAUGUCCACUUACACAGCACAGGAAUAUGGUUUCCCAUCCCUGCAUAGUGCAAAUGCAACUGCAGUUACAUUAGUCUUCUUCCACCAUAUAAUGAAUACGGAGCAAAUUAGUGGUCUUGGAAAAAUAAUCUUGUAUGUGAUAUUGGCCAUUUAUUAUGUAUCGUUGAUUUUUGGUAGAAUUUAUUGCGGAAUGCAUGGAUUUUUCGAUGUUAUUACUGGAGCAGUACUAGGGAUAGUGUUAUUUUUAUUUAGGACCUAUUUUGGUACUACAUUUGAUAAUUUGCAAUUAAGCACCUUGGGAUGGUUCAGUCCAAUAUUAAUUAUUGUUGGAUAUGUUCUGUUGAUUCAUUUCCACUCAGAGCCCGUAGAUGACUGUCCGUGCUUUGACGACUCUGUAGCAUUCAUUGGGGUCUUAAUUGGGUUGGAUACAUCUCAUUGGUGGUUUGUACGCAGUGGGUACUUGGGUGGAGAAAUUUACGCAAUUCCGUUCAAUUUUGCGGAAUUGGGUAUUCUUAAGACAUGCUUGAGAGUGAUAUUAGGGAUUGUAUUGGUAGCCACAUGGAAGGCAAUUCUGAAGCCAAUUAUUUUCACCAUUUUACCGCCGGUAUAUAAAACAGUGGGAGUUUAUCUACCAAGAAGAAAUUUUGAGGCCACUGCAUUUCUGACAAAGACUACGAGACAAAUCAGAUCGCAAUCACUUCUGAACAUGAACCGUCAAGAGAAGAAUGGAGAUUUCAUUCACACGCAUGGAAAAAGAGAUGACAUUGGACCUGAAAAUGACAUUGAUGUGUAUGAAAUGUUAGAUUACGAAAAGGAAAGGAGAAAGCUGAUGGAUUUCGACGAACCCGACAUUGUUCCAAACUCUCCAUCACCGGUAUUGAGUGGUGUGUUUAGACCUAGGUAUGAUGUAGAGAUAGUUGGUAGACUUAUUGUGUAUGCAGGAGUGGCCACAUUUGCUACGUGGGGAUUUACAGUUGCAACAGAAUUCACCAAUUUAAGUUAA